CCUAAACGCAGUGUUGUUCAUUUCUGUUGCAGUUUCAGUGAUCAGAUGAGACCAUGAGGCAGUUUGUUUUUUCUCCUUUGUGGAUAUUGUGCUGCUGCUGUCUUGUAUAUGUCAGAGGUCAUGGUGUGUGUACUGUAGGGAAUCUCAUUAAAAGAAUCAAUUUAACCACAGAACUGAGUUCUGAAAUCCUGCUGCCGUGUCUUUAUGAACCAGCUCUCAAAGAAUCACACCUGAACAAGGAAUCAUCUGCUGUCUGGAUUCAGAUUAAAACCAACACUGACCACAUUGUAGAGAUCAGUGUAAAUGGUCAAGAAAGCUUCUGGAAUAACAGACAGCAUAGAAUUAAGGUAUUCAGAGAAGUCGCUGGCUCUGGAAACUUCUCUCUCCUGAUUAGAGAUGUGCAGCUGUCUGAUCUGGGUCUCUACCGCUGUGAGAUCUUCAGAGGCAUCAACUGUUCUCUGGGCUAUGUAGAGAUAGAAAUCAGUCUGGCCACUGUUGAGUUUUCACUGCUCAGUAACUGGCGUCUCAUAGCUGCAGGUGGAGGAGGAUUUCUGCUUCUCUGUCUGAUCACUGUGUGCUUUUACUGUAUGCUGGCAAAACGACAAACAGUCAAUACAUCCAUCAACCAAACAUCAGACAAUUGCCAUGAUGUGGAUGGACAAAAAAAAGAUGAAAUAACCUAUGCAUCAGUUGUCCUUAAAUCACGCACUUGCCAUGACAGUGAAGGACAAAACAAAGAUGAAAUAAGCAAUGCAUCAGUUGUUCCUACGUCACACAACUGCCAUGACAGUGAAGGACAAAAAAAUAAUGAAAUAACCUAUGCAUCAGUUGUUAUUAAAUCACACAACUGCCACGACAGUGAAGGACUUAUCAGCCCAGAGACGGACCUUUAUGCUGCUGUCAAGCAAAGAGAGAGAAGAUGAACAAGUGAGCGGCGAAACAUUCAAAUUAAAACACUCAAGAAAAAAAAACAAUUUUAUUGAUAUCCAUCCAAAUAUCCAUCUUGUACUGUUUGAUUUGAAGUAUGAAGAAUGAUAUAUGAUGUUUAAUAUUGUUACAGGGUAUAAAAAAGGGUAUAAUUAAUCGUAUAAGGUCUCAUGUUUGUCCAUUGUGUAUAUCGUUUUUAUCUCAUGUAUAUUUUUGAAAGGCGCACUCUUUGCUCAGCUGUACGAGUGUGUUGUAACUACUGUGGGUGGAGGGUGUGAAACUGAACUCUAGCUACUUUAUCACUCAAACCACUGACAUCUUUGCAGACAAUGUGACAGAGCCACAGAUGCAGCGGUAAGGCAGGAUAAAUGGUCUAUCUGCUGGUCUAUCACGUUGCAGAUUUGAGAGUAGUAUAAAGACAGUCCAGGCCAAGAUGCUUAGAGAAAACCAGAGUGGAAAUUCCCAUGCCCGUGAGCUUCUUCACAAAAAAAGCUACAGCUUCUGUUUUGUCAGAGAGAGUGAAAAUGUUUUGCGUGAAAAUAAUGUCUCACCUCUGGUUGUUUUUUUGUGCAAUUCCUGCCAAGACAAAAAGUUAAUUAGAUUAAGACAGGAAAACAUGACUUUUAAAAUGAAAAACAAUGGCCUAUAAAGUGUCACUCUUUUUUCAAAUACAUUCUUCUGUAUGUUUUGUUGUAAGGCUGAAAUUAAGCUCAGUGGCGUGUUACAAUUAUGUAAGUUGUCAAAGUACAUUAGCUUUGACUUGUAUCUCCAGUUUAAUCACUACAGAGACGUCAGAACAAAUGUUGGAAGGACUACAUUUUAAGGCAACAGUAAAAGUAAUAAUUUGAAAAUAAGAGGGGUUUUUCAGUAAUGAUGUUUCACAAGUCCACAAGAAUACAUACUGAGAAACAAUAUUCUCUGUGCAAAAAUACAAAAUUGUAAAAUUUAUAUAUAACACUGUUAUAUUGUUUAUAAGAGUAAAGGGGAUCCCGUUGUAUUAUGCAAAAGUGACAAUUCUAGUCAACCAAUCAAGAUUCUGUAGGGAGGUUAGUGCCACCCUAUUGGUACCCUUUGCUGUGCUAGGAACCCUUAUGGAAGGGUACCAAAAAAGUGGUAUGGUGUGUUUCACUAUUUUGGUACCAUUCACAACUUCUGACUAUGGAAACGGACAUAAUUGAGUACCGUAGUGCUCAGUGGAAACAAGCCAAUAGAUGAACAAACAUGAUCUAUAAAAGGUACAAAAUGCUUUUGCUUAGCUACACUUUUCAGAAUCUAGAUAUUUGCCCGCAAAAAAAAAAAAGGAUGCUAUUCAACUUGUGGCCGUUCGUUUUAUUCAGAACACAUCAUCCUAGGACUUUGCUCAGAAUUGUGGUGUUUUUCAUCUCUGGUCGCUAUCAUGAAAAAUUCUAAACAUUGUGUAAGACUGAAUUCAUUUUAGUGGAUGUUACAACACUUUAAGCAUCUUUAAAUGAGAAAAAUCUAUUAAUAAUUUUAGAGAAUAAACUGUUCUGCAUGUAAAAUUAUAAACCAAAUUUUGUCAAGACUCAAGUCUAGUGCAACAACACUGGACUGUGGGAAUCAAGCAUCCUCUGUCUGAGGUUGUGUGGUGAUGUGGUUAUGCAGGUGUGUUGUGAUGGUUCACACUUUACAAAUCUUUCAGACGUGAAAAGAGACUUAAGAUGUAGCAUCGCCUGCUUUGCUCAAAACAUCCUGUUCCAAAAGUUGCCCCAAGAAAAAAAUUAAAUCAGCCGGCAGCAUGUAUUUUGUAAAACAUUCUCACAUGAAUUUUAUUUUAAUAUAUUAUACACUAUUCUGAAAGUAAUGUGUUGUUAUGGCAAAACCCACACUCAGCAUUUAAAUUACACUUACAUAGGGCCUAUAUAACAUGAGUCUAGAUACAUUACAUUGUACAGUGCAUUCCACUACAAUGUAUCCCCUUGACUUUUACCUUCCCCCUAGAGGGCACCAAUGUCUUUCUGAUUUUUCUACAGACCAGACACCUUGGUUUAAUCACACACAGUCGUGACUAGCCAUAAAAUGUCAAUAACUUCUUAAUCUUUCCAAGUUAGAGAAUGAUUCUGCACUACAGCUGCUUGACUAACCAGAUAGAACUAACCAAAACUAAGUGCUCUAGAAUACAAUUUUUCUCAGCUGCUGUUUUCUUCUUGUUUUUGUAACAAUAUGAAUGUCUUGUAUUCCCCUCACACCCCUCCCCAAAAUACUUCUUAAGAAUGUUCUUUAAAUCUCAUAAGUUCCCAUGACUUAUUUUAAAUCCCAGAAGGUAAGAUGUUUUAUAAUUUAAGAAUUACAACAUCAUAAUAUUUAGCAUUACUAAGGAUUGCACAAGUCCGAUGUGACACCUACGAUACUGUAUGAUAACUGCUUUCAAUGUAAAGUGUAGGAGAGAUAGUGUUGUAGCACCACCAGUUUAAACAAUUAGAAAUGAGCUACUGUGGGACUUACUUUUUUUUUUACUUGUUUUGUCCUAUAGCAUUUUUUUGUUUUGUUAAUGGGUGUUAAAUAAUGUUACAGAACUGAAUCAUCAGAUUCUCUUGAUCGAUUUUAUCUUUAUAUAAAUACUUUCAUGUCUGAUAUCUUAUGUGUUUCUACUGGGCUUUCACAGUACACAACAUUUGCCCGCAGAAUGACUUAAAAACAAAAUGUCUUGUUAGUCUGUUUUAUUUCUAGUCCGUAAGUUUUUUUUCUUAUUUUAUUUAGUAAAUAAAAUUUAAGCUGCAUAUAUAUGUGCCUGUUUUAAGUAAAAUGGCAUUGCUAAUGAAUAAGUAGUAUAUUGGUAAAUUCCAUGCAGAAAAGUUUUGGGUUUACACUGCAUUAUUUUGUAAAAACAUUGACAAAUCAUUUAGGGGUGUAUGUUGACAUUGACUUAAAUCAUUUCAGGGUGUGCAGUAUUCUAAUAAACUAGUAAAGAAGUAUUUUCACACAUAUGUGGAAUUAAUGUCAUAAUGUUUAGAGACACAAAACCACAGCCCUUAAAACAUUCCUUGUUGUACAUUUUGAC